UCAGCUGUUUUCAUAGCGCAAUAACGCAGAUUAUGUCAAUGUAAUCGCCUAUUCUUCGUUAAUUUCGACAUCGAUAGCAUACUCACGUGUGUGUAACUAGGCUAUCAGAAUCGGUUUGUCUUAAUAUUUUACGAUCUUGGAUAAAUGAAUACCCUCUGCAAUGAUUCACAAAAUAAAGCAACCCUACUUUUAUAAACCGUGUGUUUGUAAAUAUUAUGUAAAAGGAUGAAAUUCUACACUAAGUUUAAUUGGCUUUGCAUAUAUUUUGCUAUUAGCGCAUUUGGUGUGUCAAGCCAAGAGGAUUAUUGUGCAGAGCUUUCUACGCAAUCAUUAAGCCGAAUUUUGGGCCAAGCAUUCAAUCCGCGCUAUAUGAGUAUUGAUCCGCCAGGAGGACCGCAUGAAGAAAGCUACAAUUUGGGAUAUAAAAGAUCGUCAUAUGAAAUACCAUUUUAUGCCGACAGUGAUGUCGUUUCAUUGGGAAACUUUCCGGCUUGGGAGACAAACCAUUUUGCAUAUUUCGGAAAAAGAGAAGAACCCAUUAAAGGCAGGAAAAUCCGCAUAAGAAGUCCUGUUGUGGAAAGAGGUGGAAAUCCGAACAUUGACGUUUUUAAACACCGUCCGUGGGAGUGCUCAUCGAAGAUUAAUUGGAUUGAUUUGGGAUUAAAUUAUUUUCCACGUUAUAUCCGUUCGAUUGAAUGCAUUUCUAGAAAAUGUUGGUAUGGGCACUUUAAUUGCAAACCAAAAUCAUUUACUGUAAAAGUUCUGCGCCGAAAAAGUGGCUCAUGCAUUCAAAUAAAUGAUAAAUUAGUUUUAAUUACCGCAGAAAAAUUUAAAAAUGAUUACGCGCAGCUCUGGAUUUGGGAGGAAAUAGCAGUUAAUUUUUGCUGUGAAUGUGUUAUGCUAUACUUAUAGCUCUGUUU